GUGAACAUCAUGGUGGAACAGGGCAAAGAGCAGGAAACCAAGGACUUUCAUCCGGCGCCCGUUUGGCUGGAUGAAUCCUAUCUGGAGCCGCUACUCAGAGACUUGAAGAAGGAUCCCGGCCUGAGGAUCACCGAACUGGAGAUCAAGCCCGCCACCGCCAAAGGUGAUAACUAUGCCAGUGUUAUGACUCGCGUUAAGAUUCUCUUCCUGAGAUCAUCGGCCAAGAUUCCGGAAAUUGAAUACUAUAUUGUGAAGACCACCUACGAGAAUGAUCCAUUUGCCUCGGAUAUAUUCUCCAAGUACCAGGUUAGCACUACGGAGAUGCUGAUGUACGAGAAGGUGCUGCCCCAAUUGAGCGCCCUCAUCGAAGAGACGCGUCAGCCGGAGAAGGUCUUUGCCGCCACUUUGCAUGUGGACUACGAGCAUGAUGCCAUCAUUUUCGAGGAUCUGGCUGUGAGCAAGCAUGUGCUGGCCGAUCGCCUCAUUGGUUUCGAUCUGGAACACACUCGCCUGGCACUCCGAAAACUGGCCAAGAUGCAUGCCGCCGCCGCAGUCCUCAAUGAACGAAAGCCCGGAAUACUGACCAAGUUUGAUCACGGCAUUUUCAAUCGUUACACGAAGGGAUUUGCACCCUUCUUUGAAAAUUUAUGUGAUGUGGCAGCGGACUUUGCUGCCACAUGUCCCGAGCUGGGAGAUCACUACGCACGGAAGCUGAGGGAGCUGCGAAAGCGAGUGAUGGAGUACUCCGCGCGGGUCUACGAUCCCCAGCCGGAUGAGUUCAACACCCUGGUACAUGGUGAUUUCUGGGUAAACAACGUGAUGAUGCGCUACGGAGAGAGGAAGGAGCCCCUGGACAUGAUUCUCAUCGACUUCCAGUUCUGCAGUUGGUCUUCGCCGGCAGUGGACCUUCACUACUUCUUCAACACCUCGGUGCAAAAACCCAUUCGUUACGAGCACCAAGAGGAAUUGGUUCAGUACUAUCACACGGUGCUGGUGGAGACUCUAAAGGAUCUUAAAUUCGGUGGAUACACGCCCACCCUGCGACAGUUCGUCCUGCAGCUGGAGAGGGGGGGAUUCUUUGCCGUCACUGUAGCCCUAACCUGCCAGGCCAUAUUGACUAAUGAUCAGACAGCUGACGCUGAUUUCAAUGCCUUAAUGAAGGACGAUGAGCGGGGAAGGAACUUCCGAAAAGUGCUGUACCACAACAAGACCCUGCAGGAAAAUCUCAAAUAUAUGCUGCCACGCUUCGACAGGAGCGGUCUUCUAGAUGUCAUUGACUAAAAGGAAGGCACAUGUCUCUCCUCUAUCCCUAACCUGUAUAUAGAAUAAUUGUUCAAGAUAAAAAAUACACAAUAUUUAAAUUUAAAUGAAAACGAAAUGAUAUUUUGUAGUAGAGACCAUAUGCAAACAAAAGUGAAAACUUGGCCUUACAUAUACUUAAUAUACUUUGUUUUUUCACUCAA